GGAUAGCGGGUCGACUCAUCAUCCUUGAAAUUUCCCCCAAAAUUGGACGGACAAUUAGGGGUGGGAGAUAAUUUCUGAGAAACCUUCAGAGCCAAGGCACAGAAAGAAGAGAGAGAGAGAGAGAGCCAGAGAUCUUCCUCUCUCUCUAACAUUCUGAUCGGUUUCCUUCUAGAGAGAGAGAGAGAAGGCAAUUCGCAUGGAUCAGAUUUUGAACAAGGCGGGAUCCUACUGGUUCAACCAGAAGGCCACCAAGGAGCUCGGCUCCGUCGGUGAUGACCUCAACUCAUUGCAAAACAGUGUCGAAGGAGGAGCCAAAUGGUUGGUUAAUAAAUUCAAAGGGAAAAUGCAAAAGCCGUUGCCUGAGCUUCUAAAGGAUUUUGACAUGGCAAUAGGAAUCUUUCCUCGUGAUGCUACCAACUAUGAGUUUAAUGAGGAGACUGGGAAAAUUACUGUCUACAUACCGACAGUCUGUGAAGUGGGCUACAGAGAUUCGACUGUUUUACGUUUUUUCACCAUUGUAACUGGAUAUUUGAAGAAAGGAAGGCUAGAAGAUAUACAGGGGAUGAAGACAAAGGUGCUUAUAUGGGUAAAUGUGUCAUGCAUCACAUCGGAGGGAUCGAAGCUCCAUUUCACAGCUGGGUUGAAGAGAACCAGGAGUAGAGAGGCUUAUGAGGUUCAAAGAGACGGAAUUACUGUCGAGAAGUUUUAACAAGGGUCAGAAUGCUCAUCGGUUUUUAUUGUGUAAUUUAGUUUGUAGAGCUUUUGGACAAUUUGGCUUGUACGAAUUCGGGCUUAAUCAACUCUUGUUUGUUUCCUGUGGACUUCGAACGGUUUGAUGCAGUUAUCCAUGGUUGUAGAAAUUUACUGUGUUUUAUGUAUCAAAUUGGGCAUUUUGCUUCCAACAUAUCGACUUUUGAA